GGCUGGCGGAGCCCGGCGGGGCUGGGGGCGGAGCGUCUCGGCCGAGGGCUGGGCGCCGGGUGGGGAGGCGCACGGCGAGCGGUGGGUUUCAGACUCACCGCCACCGCCGCCGGGCCGGGAGGCAGGCAUGACCCAGGGCGUGCGAGCGCCGGGCGUGCUGGUGCUAGUCUUGCAGCUCCUCCGGCCGCGGGCGGCGCAGGAGCCGGGAUGGACGAGAAGAGGAAGUGGGGAAGGUGGCCCCCAGCUGCAGCAUGAACUAACGAUACCUCAGUGGAAGACUUCAGAAAGCCCCAUGAGAGAAAAGCAUCCACUCAAAGCUGAGCUCAGGGUAAUGGCUGAGGGGCAAGAACUGAUCCUGGACCUGGAGAAGAAUGAGCAUCUUUUUGCUCCAACCUACACAGAAACCCACUAUACUCCAAGUGGCAACCCUCAAACCUCCACGCUGAACUCUGAGGAUCACUGCUUUUACCAUGGCACGGUGAGGAAGGCGGAACAGUCCAGCGUCACACUCAGUGCAUGCCGGGGAAUUAGAGGACUGAUUAUGGUGAGCAGCAACCUCAGCUACAUCAUCGAGCCCCUCCCUGACAGCAGAGGCCAGCACCUUAUUUACAGAUCUGAACAUCUCAAGCUGCCCCCAGGGAACUGUGGGUUCCAGCACUCCAAGCCCACCACCAGGGACUGGGUCCUUCAGUUUACACACCAGACCAAGAGAAAACCUCGCAGGAUGAAAAGAGAAGAUUUACACUCCAUGAAGUACGUGGAGCUUUACCUCGUGGCUGAUUAUGCAGAGUUUCAGAAGAAUCGACGAGACCAGGACGCCACCAAACACAAGCUCAUGGAGGUUGCCAACUAUGUUGAUAAGUUUUACCGAUCCUUGAACAUUCGGAUUGCUCUUGUGGGCUUGGAAGUGUGGACUCACGGGAAUAUGUGUGAAGUUUCGGAGAAUCCGUACUCUACCCUCUGGUCAUUUCUCAGUUGGAGGCGCAAGCUGCUCACCCACAAGAGCCAUGACAAUGCACAGUUAAUCACCGGCAUGUCCUUCCACGGCACCACCAUCGGCCUGGCCCCCGACCACUCUGAGAAUGCCAUCGGCGUGGCUGCCACCAUGGCCCACGAGAUGGGCCACAACUUCGGCAUGAGCCACGAUACUGCAGAUUGCUGCUCGGCCAGUGCGGCUGAUGGCGGGUGCAUCAUGGCGGCUGCCACGGGGCACCCCUUUCCCAGAGUGUUCAAUGGAUGCAACAGGAAGGAGCUGGACAGGUACCUGCAGUCAGGUGGUGGAAUGUGUCUGUCCAACAUGCCAGACACCAGGACGCUGUACGGAGGCCGGAGGUGUGGGAACGGGUACCUGGAAGAUGGGGAAGAGUGUGACUGUGGGGAGGAAGAGGAAUGUGACAACCCCUGCUGCAACGCCUCUAAUUGCACCCUGAGGGGAGGGGCGGAGUGUGCCCACGGCUCCUGCUGCCACCAGUGUAAGCUGCUGCCUCCUGGCACCCUGUGCCGCGAGCAGGCGCGGCAGUGUGACCUCCCAGAGUUCUGCACAGGCAAGUCUCCCCACUGCCCCACCAACUUCUACCAGAUGGACGGCACCCCCUGUGAGGGCGGCCAGGCCUACUGCUACAACGGCAUGUGCCUCACCUACCAGGAGCAGUGCCAGCAGCUGUGGGGGCCUGGUAAGAGCUCUGGGGAGCACAGCCCUACUCCCUCCCACCACUCCCAAGCCAGCAACCCCACCCCCUCAUCAGGCACUCGG